AUGCACUCACCAACUCUCAUUAUUCCUCAGCAGUCUACUAGCCUUUCUGGUUUUGAUCAAUCGCAUCCAAAGAUACCGCAUUAUCCCCCAACUCCCAUCCUUCAAGUGCCCUUCAACACAGCGGCUAUGCAGGGCGAUCAGCGCCAGCAGAUUUGUCAGGGCACUAGCAUUAUCCCGGCUGGAGCCAUUCUAUUUACCCACACCCCUGUGAUCAUUCCUAACAACGGAAUGGGCAGCCUGAACUCAAUCGAAGUCAUCUACGCCCCUCCUCCUCCACCACCUCAGGCUAUGUCCCACAUCCACAUGCAGGAUCCCCUUCAAAAGCAAGCCUCUCCUCUUCUUCGGGAGUCGAUUAACAUGGCUUUGAAGCAGAACGAAUAUGCUUCACGGCUUAGAGAAAUAGUUCAGCAUAAGAUUCAGGUGGCCAAGCAACAGGAAGAACUACGACGGAGUGAAACCUGCUCGUCUUUGUUUCCGCAAGAACAUUGCAUGAGCCAGAGGCCUAAUAGCACCCAAAUUAGUCUCUGGCAAAGGCUCAUGGGACACAACGGCUCCACGACUGAAAAUAAUACCAAUUUGGAGGGCUCGGAUCAGCAGGUACGUGAUGCGUCCCCCUACUCCAGCAACAUUAAUCACAAGGAACAGUCAAGUACCAUGCAAGCUUUACAAGAAGGACAACUUUUUUCCGCUCCGGAAUCGUCCAGCCUCUUUCAGCGCUGGCCUCCUCGUGUAGACGCCAGCUACUCCCAACCCUUUCAACCAGAUGGCUGCGCACAUAAAAACACGACCAUUAACCACCUUAAUUGUAGUGUCUCCAAUCAAUUUAAAAGCCUGGAUUUUUCUAGCGAUCAAAAUAAACUGUCAGAUAAUGCCAAGGCGAGCUACCUGGGAGGGCAGGACACUGCUUCGAAUCCGAUUAAUGGCGCGUCUGCCAGCGGAGACACAACUGCCCGACGUUUAUCAUGA